CUCAGACAUUUAAGCUAUUGAGUCCCCUCACUAGAAUAGCAUACGUCAUCAAACAAAAUCAUACCGCUGAUACCGCGGCCGCACGUCAAUUUGUGAUAAAUUGAUAAGCUCGGUACUUGUUGAUUUUGAUAAAAUCAUUUUGAUCAAUAGCAAAACAAAACUUUAGUUAGUGCUUUUAGAAACGGAAACAAUGAAGUCGUUUACGUUUAGUGUUCUGCCAAAGUUCGAAAUCUUUGUAUUAUUAUGCAUCAUAAAUUCAAUUUACGGAAGAAUGUUUGGUCAAGAAGGAUAUUAUCCAGCUGGUUACUACGACAGCCAGCAAGCACAAUACGAGAAAAUAAAAACUGCGCUUACGAAGUUGGAACAUGCUCCACAAUGGGUGAAUGAUUGGCCAGACCCCUCUAUCAGAAUGGGCCAAGUAUCUGGAGUAGCUAUCGACAAUUCUGGCCGAGUUCUGGUGUUCCACCGGUCUCACAAUGUUUGGGAUGCAACUACUUUCAACAAUAGGGAUGUGUAUCAGGGUAUUGGUGAGGAUGCUAUACCAGAACCAACUAUAUUAGUGCUGAAUGACACAGGAGAACUUGUCGAUAUGUGGGGACAGAAUUUGUUCUACAUCCCACACGGCAUCACAGUUGACAACGAAGGCAAUGUGUGGGUCACAGAUGUGGCUCUGCAUCAAGUCUUCAAGUUCACACCUGAUGACAAAGUAAAACCAAACAUGACACUAGGAGAGAAGUUUAUACCGGGCAAUGACGACAAGCAUUUCUGCAAGCCGAGUGCGGUUGCCGUUCUGUCCAACGGUGACUUCUUCGUGGCAGAUGGAUACUGCAACCACAGGAUCCUCAAGUUUUCUCCAGAUGGAACCAUUAUUCUACAGUGGGGGAUAAGUCAUGGCAAUUCUCCGUUUGCAUUCAACGUGCCUCACGCGCUUACACUAGCUGAGGACCGCGGUUUGGUCUGCGUUGCUGAUAGAGAAAGAGGCAGAGUGGCUUGCUUCCGACAUGACAAUGGAACCUAUGAGGGUAGCUUCAGCAGCUGGCUGAUGGGUGGGAGACUUUUUAGCGUCGCUUAUGCUCCUGUGCAUGGAGGUCGCCUUUACAUAGUGAACGGACCAAACAGCUUACCAACACCGGUCCCCGUUCGAGGCUUUGUGAUCGACUUCACCACUGGUCGUCUCAUACAAACUUUUGCUCCUGACGAGGGUCUGAGAAACCCUCACGACGUUGUAGUCUCAGCUGACGGCUCCAAGGUCUACGUAGCGGAGUUAAAUCCCUUCAGAGUGUACAAAUUUGUUGAUGAAACUCUAAAAAAUGAAAGUCGCUUGGAGAAGAAUGUGACGUCAUCACAUGUCAAACCUACUGCGACUGUCGAGGUAGUUGGGACGGGGGGCGCGGGCGGGGGCGCCUGGGAGUGGUGGAGCGGUGCGCUCGGGGGCGCCGGGGGCGCCGCCGCCGCCGCGCUACUCGCGCUCGCCGCGCUCGCUCUACUGCGCGCGCGCAACACCGGUAAGGGAUACGAAGCCGAGCCACUCGUACACUAAAUACACGACACUCACGACAAAUACCACACUACUAUUUCCCUAACACACGAGUCAUACGACAAAUAAACUUAAUAGAACGAAAAUUAUUCUGAAAAAUAAGUAUCUCUAUUUUUAUAAACGGUGUAACUUUUAGAUUUAGGCAAACAAUGCCUAUACGAGAAGACGACGCUCUUCCAUAUCUUGAAUUUAACUCUCAGUGAAAAGUAAAGCUAUCUGAUAUAUUUAAUUAAAUUUAGAAAUAUAUACAAUCUGCUUUAUUUGGUUUAAAAACUAUUUUGAGUAAUAAAAUAUAGUAAAUAUAUUAAUAAAACAAGAGUUGUUCAAUAAAAUUGAACUUUAUUGCAAGGGAUUAAAGUUAUUGUUGACUCUUUCAACUAACGAGAGUUAAUUACAAACUAUAUUAAAAGCCUAAUUUAUUAAAUAUUUUCUGGAAAUAUGUCACAAAUGAUACUGUUAGCUUUAAUUAUAAUGUAAUUAUACGUAUAAAUAUUUAUUAUAUAAAAGUAAUUUAUUUAUCAAAGUAGAGUAGGUACACACAACAUUCCUUAUAUAGUACGUGCUUAUGUAUAUACUAGGUAUAUAUGUAUUUAUAUACCGUCCACUUUACCUAUACAUACAUACAUACUUAAAAAAACUCAGAUCUCAAUUUUAAACACUAUUAGUAUUUUCGUGCGAUACAUUAUUAUUAUUUUUUAAUGGCUAACUCACACAACUGUUAGGUGUGGAAACUUUACACUUAAAACGUGGUGAGUCACGCAAUACUGAUUAUGAAUAUGAGCCCCCAAUGUAGCUUGAAACUAGUCGAGCUGCUCAUCAAACAUGUUCUUGAGUUAGCCGUUAAACAUAAUAAAUAAAUUUAUUAGUAUUUUACAAAAACAAUACUUACUACGAUUAUACAGACUAUACAAUCACACGUAAAAAGUUUUCAGUUUUAAAUAAUCUGCAAUUAUCUAGUUUGUUUUUUUUUUAUGUAAAAGGACAGUAUUUUGAUUAAUCUUUGCAUGUAUUUAAGGAUGGCUGAACAAUUUUUAAUAUUUACCAGUAUGUAUACAAGAUACUUAAUUAUAUGCAUUUAUAUUCAAAGAAUUUUAGAUUUGCUAAUGAAGAAUUUUCUAGAUAUUAAGAUUAUUAAGAAAAAGAAGUUAAAAAAAAUCGACUAACGACAUAGGUAUAAGUUUUGAAAUAAAUAUGUCUUCGAAAUAAAAAUUAAAUAGAAAUAAAUAUUUUUGUUCUGGAAGAUUCUCCAUUAACAAAUUUUUAAAUACAUAUGAAAUAAUAAAUAUUUUACAAUUUUAUUGUUGUCUGUGAUUGACGCAAGUAGAAGGGGCUUUAGCAUAAUAUUAUAAGUAAAUAGUUAUACAAUUAAAAAAUAUAUUCACAUUUCCUAAUGGUUAUAAAAAAUAAUGUUUUAAUUCUUCUUAGAUCUGUUGAUUAACUAAUAAUUUAUUUUAAGUUAAAAGUUAAUGUUAGGCACGAGCCUCACUAGGGCAGAACUGCGCAAUUAUGUUAAACAAGAAACUGAACACAACCUUAUUUAUUUUAAUAAUUAAACGCGGUUUUUAAUCCGCAUCCCUAGUGUGGCCAGUGCCUUACAUGUAUUUUAUUUUUUUAAAAAGGUUGUAUACCUAUUACAAAGUUAUUUAUUCUUAGCACUGCAAAGUUAUUUAUUCUACAGUAUAUUUCAAAUUUUUUGUACGUGUAGCAUUAGACAAAUACCAAGAGAUUAAGAAAUUAUUUUAUGCAGUCAUUUGAUUGUAUUUUUAACCGACUUCAAAAAAGAAGGAGGUUCUCAAUUCUUAUGUAUACACAGACUUAGAAAGUCUCAAUCUACACCUAUACCGAAUUCAAAACUACAGAGGAUUUUAAUCUUAAUUUGAAUAUUAUUUAAAUUUCUAUUUAUUUACACUUUUUUAUGGUAAUAAGUAAUUUUGUCCGAUGCUAUUUUUUUCUCUUUACCUCGAAUAUUCAGAGAUCUUUUUGUUUUAAUUUUUCUAUAUUUUGUUUUGUAUUCAUAUAAAUAAAAGUUUAU